AUGUUUGCUCCAACGAACCGCCUGCUUGCGGCGUUGCCCGUCAGCGUCGCCGAGUUCCGCGAGUCUCUAGCUUCCAUAUGGCUUCCUCGCGUCCGCGUCCGGAGCCCGCGUCUGGGUCUGGCUGUCAGUGGAGGUGUAGAUUCCAUGGCCCUCGCCACCCUGUGUGCCGAUCUAUCAGAUGAGAUCAACGAAGAUGAUGACACCGAUGUCUUCACGGCAUUCAUCGUCGAUCAUCAACUACGCAAGGGCAGCAGCGAGGAAGCACUGGAAGUCCAGGAAAACCUCUACAAGCUGGGGGUGGCCUCUGAGAUUCUCCAGAUGCAAUGGCCUGAAGGAACAGAUACAAAAUCCCUGACCAACCUAGAGACUCUUGCAAGAAGAUUUAGAUUCCGCCUGCUUGGUCAGGCUUGCCGCGACCAUGGAAUCGAGUCUUUGCUCCUUGCCCAUCACAGUGAUGAUCAGGCAGAAACCGUCAUGAUGAGACUCAUCGAGGGCCACAGAGGCAUGGGCCUGCGCGGCAUGAGAGCAGCUGGAGAUAUUCCAGAGUGUUUUGGCAUGCACGGCGUCCACCAAAGCCACGCCGAAUGGAUGACCGACGACGAGCCUCAACCACGACCCAAACCCCAGCGCCGCGUCGACGUCGAAUUCUGGGGCGUUCAGGUCCUACGCCCGCUGCUUUCAUUCAGCAAAGCUAGGUUGACGGCUACUUGCGAGGCUUCGGGAACUCCACAUGUCUAUCAGAACUAUCGACUGCCCGCAGCCAUCAGCAAGCCGGCCCUGCUGCAGCUAACGCAGCGCACAGCGGACAGAAUCCAAGGACGUGACCAGGAAGUCGAAAGUCUCCUGCAAAAACUCGAUGCCGUACUGGACCUUCGCUCAGGGGAGCUCGCCAUCCGCUUUGCACGCUACUUCUACCCGCCCACCAUAACGCGCCGCCUGACUUAUACCACGCGUCUGAGGUCUAACACGCUCAAAAUCCCAGACAACUACACUCCCUUCUUCGACCCCAGCAACGAGUGGGUAAACAUUGAAGAAUGCAAAAUCGUCGCCGCCAUGCUGGUCCGGCGGCUGGCCAACCUCGUUUCGCCGCGCGAGAUGGUCGACCUCUCUUCGCUCGAGACGGCAGUGCGCCACCUCUUCCCGCGCCUCUACAUCCACAACCCUUUGGACGACGUGCCCGACAAGGUCCCGGCCUCCUUCACCGCCGCCGGCGUGCUCUUCGAGCGCGUCCAGACGCCCGACGACUACUUCCCCUACUACACCUGGAUGCUGAGCCGGCAGCCCUACCCCCGCGGCGAGGACCCAACCGUCGUCAUCCCACCAAAGCCCUCCUCCUCCCCCUCCUCAUCCCUCGCUCCUGGCGACGAGAUUCCCUUUUCCGACGACGUUGACUCCGCCUCCUCCUAUCCCUCCUCAUCCUCCUCCCAACUUCCGGACUCCUCCGACCCCGACGCAGCAUCAUCGUCGUCAUCAUCAUCCCCCUUCACCCUCUACGACGGCCGCUGGUGGCUCCGCGUCCACAACCCCUCCACAACCCACCCCCUCACCAUCCGCCCCUUCCGCCAGUCCGACCUCAAACCGCUGCGCGCCGCCCUCACGGGUCCCAUGCGCGCCCGCUUCGAGGCGCUGCGCACCGACGCUGCCAGAAGCAAGGCGCGCUUCGUCCUGCCCGUCAUCGCUGCGCCUGCCUCGUCCAUCCCUGCUGCGUCUGCUGCUGCUGCUGGCUCUACCAAUGACGACCUCGACCUCGACUCAGACGUCGCCGAAGGAGAAGCGCUGGAGACGGCGACGAACGAAGGUGCCGCCACCGACGCCGACGUCGUCAUCGCCGUCCCCACUUUCGGCGUCAAGGUCAACGUCGGCGACGCGGCGCGCGCUUGGAAGGACCUGCGGUGGGAGGUGCGGUACAAGAAGCUGGACGCGCCCGUCGUGGUCAGAGACUUGUGGGACGAGCCGCCGGCAGAGGAGGGUGAAGAAGAGGAGGCAGUAGUAGCUGGCGGGCAGCAGGAGGUGCUGCUCGAUGAGAUGAUGAAGGAAGUGGAAGAGGAGAUUGAUGCGGUGACGACGCCCGAAGAGGACGUGCCGUUUGUGAUGGAUGAGCAUGAGCGCGAGCGCGGGAAUGGUAGGUGA